AUGGUCCGCUCCUCUGAGAUGGAAACUGUGAUUCGGAGGUUGAUUGCUUUGGAGGCACCCAAGACCUUCAUCCUACUGGUCUUCCUCGUGAGUUGGCACGCCCAAUCAAAGCUCGACAAGUACGAAUAUGAUGUCAUCGAGUUUUUUGCAGGUGUCUCUAUGAUUGCUAGAGUCGCUCGGAUGCACGACCUCAGAGCAGUGGCCCUGGAUAUUACUUUUGAUCGGGUGACCAAUCGCCCUGGGGCCAUGGACCUGACAACCCCGUCGGGCUUUGCGUUGGCAAUCAUGGCUUGUCUACGUGGGAAGCUGGAUGGUCUUCUGAGUAUAUGGGGGGUAUGCUGCUCCUCGUGGGUGAUUACCUCCAGAGGGUCUACUGGACGGUCCUUCCUAACUCCGAUGGGGUUUGAUGGACAUACGAAAGUUCGCCAGGCAAACGUGAUCGGCUCGAGGGUCGCCCUAUUGCUUAUGCUUUGCACAGCGAUUGGGGGAGCGUGGCUGGUUGAGCAACCGUCGCAGUCGAUGCUGUUUGAACACGUGCGUUUGAAAGAGAUGAUCGAGAACUGGCUCCGAACAAUCAAAGUUUGGAGGCAGGGCUUCUGGAUGAUGAAAUAUAAAAGCAGGACUCCGAAGCGCACGAAGGUGUGGUCCAACAGCCACAUCAUCAGCCGGCUGGACCUGGGAUCACUCAGCCGUUCCGAGAUGAACGCAGCAGCUGUAAAGACUGUUGAUCGUUGGGUUUCUGACGGAAAGAAGAAAUGGAAGGCCAACAAACACUUGAAACAGACCCAGACUUAUACCUUCCGCUUUGCGAAGAAAAUCAUUGAUCUACGGCCACAGCUGAUUGCACCUACUUCACGAUCUACCAUCGAGGUAUCCUACGAUCUCGACCUCAAGGCAGCUUUCAAGAAGCUCACGUACCGGGAUAAGUGGGCCGAUGCCGAUGUCACUUUUGCCAUUCGGUAUGUCUUCGGAUGCAGGUCUGUUAAAGUGCCUGAGUCCUGGAGAGACAUCAUACCUAAGUGUCUUUGA